AUGUUGGGUGCAUUUGUCUUAGUUGUGUACAUAUACACCGUAAUGCCUUCGGUACCGGGUGGAGACGCUGGAGAGCUACUUGCUUCGGGAUGCCAACUGGGGACGCCACAUCCGCCUGCGGCCGUCCUUGUCCAUCUGACGAUCGAGGAGUGGACUCAUUCCUCCGUACAGGCUUACAACUCAGGGGCGGCUUCCGCCGCUGCCCUGCUGUUCAGCUUCAGCCCUCUUGCAUGGGAAUACAACACCGGCUCUGAGGUGUUCGCCCUCAACAAUGUGCUGGUGGCGGUGGCGCUGUAUGUUACUGCACGGAUCGUGACGCGACCGAGUAUGACUUCGGCGAGGAUUGGCGCAGUGGUUUGCGGCCUGGCACUUUGCAAUCAGCACGCUUCCAUUCUUGUGCUGGGGCCCUUGGCCGUCUCCGUUUUGAAGGCCCUCACGGAAGAGUCGCUGCUGUCCUGUCGGUCGCUAGCCGAACUGGGAGGACUGUGGUUUCCCCUCGGGCUGUCUCCCCACGCAGCCCUGGUCGUGUCUUCUCGAAACCCACAGCAAGGUUCUUGGGGGGAUCUAUCCUCGACCGCGGGCUUUCUUCGGCACGUUCUUCGCUCUGAGUACGGCACGCUCAAUCUUGGAAUUCCCGUCCCAAAUGCUGAAGGCGCGGUAGAACGGAUCGGAGAGUACUUUAUGGACAGUAGCAGCCAGACGAUGCAUGUAGGACCACCAAUGGCGGCACUUGGAGUCGGGUGGGCGCUGGUCGUAGCUCACACGGGUGCGCAUUCCGAUAAACACCGGCAACAUUCACGGAGGGUUCGCCACUUCGGUCUGGGAUUGGCGACGGCGUGGGCAUUCUAUGUCACCAUCUGGCACUGCAUUUUUUCAAACAUUUCGCUACAUCGUCCCAUGAGCAGAGCGGUGCAUGCAAGGUUUUGGAUACAGCCGAAUCUGCUACUCUGCGUCGCGGCGGGUUGUGGGUUGGGCCUGGCAGCAAACACCAUCGCUGCUAAACUUUGGAGUGUUUGUCCAUCUAGCUGUCGGCUUGGUAAACGUUUCGCCGGGGCAAGUGUAUCUCUCCUGAUGCCGACGGUGAUAUCGACAACGAUGUUUUGGCAACGUUGGGACUCAAUGGACAGAGGUUCUUGGAUUGGAGGGUCGCACGGCUGGACGAUGCAUCUCUAUGGCCAGGCCCUCCUAUCGGCCCUUCCGCAACGGGCCUUGCUUCUAUCCCAUACGGAUCUCGACCUCAACGCAGCGCGGUAUCUCCGAGUGUGUGAGGGCCUAAGGACGGAUGUCACCCACAUCAGCCUCCAGAUGAUGCCCUACCCCUGGUGGGAAUCUACACAAGCGGAUCUACACCCAGGGGUCGUGUUUCCUCCGAUUUUUCGGGGGGUGUCCACGAGACGCGAAAGCGAAGGCAACGCCGCCCUGGUAACUCGCUUCCUGGCGGCCAACCUCCCGCAAGGACGUCAAAUAUUUUUGGACAUGCAAGCUGUGGAUGAGAGAGAGAUAGGGGCGGUAGGAUUCUACCGCGGGUUCAGCUUGGUGCCGCAUGGGUUGGUGUAUCGUGUCCUGCCGAGAUUGACGCUCCAGGAAAGUGAGAGUUGGCACGAGGGAGUUGUCAAGCAACUUCGAAGCCUCAGCGAGUGUAUGCAGCCCGUUGCAGUGAGCCGGUAUCGUCCUGGCACAUGGGAAUUUUCGGCAGCAAGUGUGUACUGGGAUGCUCACUAUCAAGCCGGCCUCUUCUUCUUGUCUUACGCUAUCGGGGCGUGGGAUAACGCGCCCAGGGCAACGCAACGCCCGCAUCUCCUCCCGGCUCUGAGGGAUGCCUCGGCGCUUCUUCAGCGUACUCUGGAGGCUGCCGAUGAGCAUGGAACGUUCUCUUCCUCGAGGUCAGACCUGCUGAAGAACACUGUUUUGGCCAAGAUCCGUCUGCUCCAAGCUCUGCAGGCGGAAGCUGCGUCUAAUCCCCUCAGCAAGAAGCACUCGUCAUCGGUAGAUUCCGUCUCUCACACGGAGAGACGGUACGCGGAAAUAAUAUUGGCGAAGGAGCACUGUCUCACGCUUAUCCCGCGGUUCUUGUUAGAGGCCAUCGACGACAAAGAUGCUGAAGCUUUUGGGAAAGUGUACGUUAAGCUCAGGGAAACGAGUCACAUGUAG